UCGCAGUUGACCACCGCACACGACCGACGCGCAGCACGAUGGUGGAAGGCGCGUCUGUGGACGUGAGCCACAUCUCGCAGCGGCUGCAUAGUGCGAUACAGGAAAACGACUGGCAGACCAACAAACAGGCCGCAAAAGAUCUCUCGGGGUUGCUUGCCGUACUGACCACGUACACGCCGGAUCCGAUUACGAUGCGCGAGACGCGGAUUGGGGUCGCCGUGAACAAGCUUCGAAAACACAGCGAUGAAUGUGUGAAAGCAUAUGCGUCGCGACUGACGGAAAAGUGGAAGGCUGCGCUGGACGUGAAAUCAUCGUCGUCGUCCAAGGCCAAACCAGCCGUGGUGACAGCCGCGUCGUACACCAAAAUUCCAGAGACAACGAACGAUGCACAGAAAGGGGAUGCCGCGAGACUUCGGGUGCAACAGGCGUACGCGUCGGAGCGAGCGAAGAAGGACUCACGAACGAGCAUUUUUCUCGACCAGCCCAUCGUCAAGAAAGUCCGUGGUCGAAAGGUGGUGCCCAGUACCACCACCAUCACGCGAUUCACGAACCCUGAGCGUGCAAACAUGACGCACAAGGUGCCUCGCGCGGUCGCCCCCAGCUCGCACAGCAGCAGCGCCACCACUGCUUCUGCGAGUCGCGCUCGUCCGCCUUCGACAUCUGACGUCGGCGUCCCUGCACGACGCCCUGCGAUGAAGAGCAGUCAAUCUGCAGCUUCAAAUGCCAACACAAUGACUCCAGACGAGUUACGCCAUCAUCAGCGCCAAAUGAAGCUGCGGGCGUUGGCUGAGCAGAAAGCGCGAGCUACUGGGAAAACGGUGCCGUUUGCUUCAACCCUGGACACCCCGUCUGCAGUCGCAUCGACCAAGUCGGCGCCAGUCCCAUCCAAGUUCACCGCGAUCAACCGGCAAAAGCCGUCUGGGACGUACGUCGACAAGCGCAAGAUGAAUUCAUCGUCGUCGGCAACGUCGGCGUCUUCGAAACUGACCCCCGAAGAACAGAGCCGCAAGGAGCUGCUCAACAGAAUGUACCCACGAGCGGUCGGGCGGCCGGACCCGAACACGAACCUAAAACAAAAGCGCAAGCGAGAUGAAGAGCACGCGUCGUCCACGGCCGCCCCAUUGCAGCCGGGCGAGCGAGAAGUUAUGCACUGGCUCAAGGGGCUUGCGGAAGGUGACAUGAGCCAGUAUGCGCAAGCAUUUUUCGACAAUGGGUUCGACACGAUGAAGCUGCUCUCGACCGUGACUGACAAGGACUUGGCAGCAAUGAUCCCGAAGCGCGGGCACUGUCGAGUCGUGGAAGCGGCGCUGCAGUCCCUCACUCGACGACGCAAGCCGCCAGAGCGGGUGCGAAAGAACUCCAUGCGACGAUCGGUAUAUGACGAAGAAGAGUACGACACGGACGACAGCUUUGUCGACAACGACAACGACGAAGGGUAUCGAAUGGGCCCGAUCACGGCCAUGAUGAUGAAAAAGCGAGGAAAAGACUACCGCAAAUUCAGCAGCGCGUACGAUGACGACGGCGACUCGUCCGACAUGGAAGCGUCGUUUGACGAGAUCCAGCGCGAGGAAGACCGCAGCGCCAAGUACGGCGACUACGAGGACGAGGUCGAGGACCGCCGCAAUCGCAUUCACAAGGCAAAGAAGCAAAAACGAAAAUAGACCGACGACGACACAUGGGCAUAACAUGGUUGAGCAUCCAUAUCAUUACUCGUUCGUGGCUCA